CUGUGUUCAGGUUCAAGCAGAGAUCAGCUCUGCACACCCACAGGCACUUCAAGUGCUGGAGGCCACUCCUGGGACCCAGGGCCCCUCCCCUUGCUCUGCUGUGUCCUCACCUUGACCCCCUCCAUCAGACUCUGUCUCCCUUCUCCCUUCGGGUGUCCUGUUCCCCACCCAGAGGCAGAGGAGGCAGAGUGGCAAGGGGAAGGGGCUGGGUGAGGGCCGCCCAGGGCCAGGGUAGGCUGGGGGGCCGUUAAGAUGUGGAGCUCUGCCCGGUUGAGGGGGGCUCCGUGGAGGCAGACGCAGUGUGUGCCUGGCUGGGGGGAGUAUGGGCAGGCCUGCGGCCACGUGGUGAAGGAUGAACAUUCGGGGCACCCCGGACCUCGGGCAGCCCAGUGACGACCCCAGCAGUGGUGGUGAGCGGGAGCGGAUUCGACAGCGCAUGAAGAUGGUCAUCGGGCAGCUUGAGGAUAUCCUACGGGAGCUCAAGGAGGUGGCCAAGGAGCUGAGGGAGGUGGUGAGCCAGAUCGAUAAGCUAACCUCAGACUUCGAUUUUGAACUGGAGCCGGAUGACUGGACCACAGCCACUGUGAGCAGCACCUCUAGCAGCGACAAGGCAGGCGUGGGCGGCCCCUUUGACUUGGGCCACCUGGACUUCAUGACAGCUGAUAUCCUCUCAGACAGCUGGGAGUUCUGCUCCUUCCUGGACGUCUCCACCCCCUCAGACUCCGUGGACGGCCCCGAGUCUAUGCGGCCAGGGGCUGGCCCUGACUACCGGCUCAUGAACGGUGGCACACCCAUCCCCAAUGGGCCACGAGUGGAAACCCCAGACUCCUCCAGCGAGGAGGCCUUCAGCGCUGGCCCCACAAAGAGCCAGCUGCCCCAGCGGACUCCAGGGACACGGGAGAGGGUGCGGUUCAGUGACAAAGUUCUCUACCAUGCACUGUGCUGUGAUGAUGAGGAGGGGGACGGCGAGGAGGAGGCAGCAGAGGAGGUGGGGGUGCCCCCUGAGCCUCCACAUACAGAGGCCCACACAGGCCCCCACCAGCCCUCCCCAGCCCCAUAUAAGCCAAGGCGCUCUCCACUGACCAGCCAUCGUUCAGGCCCCACCACAGCCCCCGAACAGACACGAAGGGUCACGAGGAACAGCAGCACCCAGACAGUGUCAGACAAGAGCACGCAGACGGUGCUGCCCUACACGGCCACUAGACAGAAAGCCAGAGGGAAAAACUAGGAACUGGGGAGGGGCUGGGGGCGGUGGACACAUAGAAGUAUAAAUAUAUAUAUAUAUUUAAGCAAACGCAGUCAUAAUAAAAUUUUUAAAUGCUAA